AUGUCAGAGAUUCAAUUUGUUCAGAGUGAAAAAGAUUUCGAUACCUAUUUAUCACUUAAUAAGUACUUAGUAGCUUAUUUUACAGCUUCUUGGUGUGGACCUUGUCAAGCUAUCAAACCCGUUGUUGAUGCUCUUUAUAAUGAUUCAAGAUUUCAAGCUAUUGAGGUAGUUAAGAUUGACAUAGAUACUCAACAAGCUUUGGCUUCCAAAUAUCAAAUCACCAGUGUUCCUACAUUCUUAUUCAUGGAGAACGGUAAGAUUGUUGAUACUAUGAGGGGAGCAGGUAAACAAGUCGUUGAACAUUUUGCAACUUUACAACAAAAGGCUGGUAACGAUGCUCAACCUCGUAGGGGAAAUGGUACCAAAAAUGAAGAAUCGUCUGCUCUGGAACCUGCUUAUUCUGACGAAUUAAAAGAAUUCAUCCCUAAGGGAUAUUCAGUGUUGAAUGAUUUAGUCUUUCCAGGAGAUUUUGUGUCUUUGAAUACUUUACCACUUAGUAAAUCUUCUAGAGUUAAAGAUGUAUUCAAUCUUAAAGAAUUCACCACUGCAAUUGUUUCUGAUGCUGACUCACAAAUGUUAUUGUAUGUACCAUUGACCCAUAUUUCCAAAAUUUAUUCCAUUUUAAUCAAAUAUAAGAAAAUUGACACUGCAAGCGAUAAUGAUAAUUUGGAUGCCGAUGAUUUAGAAGAAUCUCAAAAACCUAAUUUACUCAAAUUAUGGGGUAAUAAAUCCAAUAUCUUAUCGUUUGAUGAUGCAGACGGUCAAAGCGGUUUACACGAAGAAAAUUUGGAUAUCCAAGAAGGUUGGAAUGAAGUAAAAGUCAAAUACGUUAGAUUCCAAAAUAUCCAAAAUUUGAAUAUAUUCAUUGAUGGUGAAGACAGUGAUUAUCAUACCAUGAUUGAAAAGAUUGCAAUCAUUGGUGUAGGCGGUGAAGAGAAAGAUCAAAACAUUCUGGAAAAAUUAGCCGGUGAACCACAUGAAUAG